UGAAAGCAUCGUCCCGCCCUGCAGAGGCGAUGGCCGCGCGGAACGCGGCGGGGGCUGUACCGGACUCCCUCGCAGAUGUUACAGCGCAUAUGCUGACCUGCUGAGCGGAGGAGGGUGCCGGCGCCAGGCACCCCGAGGUGAGCAACCCUAGGAGAACGCUAAGGGCCCUGCCUUUUAAGAUCUUGUUCCUCUUCCUUCUAUCAUCUCACUCUCAAUUAUAAAUUAUGGGGGAUAAAGAUAAAACAAUUAAAUGUGAAGAUUCAGAACCAUCCGCAGAGUGGAAUCACGCCUCUACAUAUCAGGAAACACAGGAGGAAACAGUUAUGAACCCCAAAGAUACAGGUGAAAAUGAACCAACAGAAGGAAGUAACCUACUGAAUAACAGUGGAAAAAAGCUACAAGAAAUACCAACUAAAUCAAAUAUUUGGCAAAAACUAAGACAAAAUUUUGCUUGUCCUCCACAUGGUUUGCUGGAUAGAUUAAUAACAAAUGUUGUCAUCAUUGUUCUUCUGUGGGCUGUAGUUUGGUCAAUUACUGGGAGUGAAUGUCUUCCUGGAGGAAAUCUGUUUGGAAUUAUAGUCCUAUUCUACUGUGCCGUCAUUGGAGGUAAACUUUUGGGGCUCAUUAAGCUACCUACAUUACCUCCGCUGCCUCCUCUUCUCGGCAUGCUGCUUGCUGGGUUUCUCAUAAGAAACAUCCCUGUCAUCAAUGAUAACAUACAGAUCAAGCACAAGUGGUCUUCCGCGUUGAGAAGCAUAGCCUUGUCUAUCAUAUUGGUUCGUGCUGGCCUUGGGCUUGAUUCAAAGGCUCUGAAGAAGUUGAAGGGUGUUUGUGUAAGGUUAUCCAUGGGUCCUUGUCUUGUGGAGGCAUGCACAUCUGCUCUUCUUGCCCACUUCCUAAUGGGUUUACCAUGGCAAUGGGGAUUUAUACUGGGCUUUGUUCUAGGUGCUGUAUCUCCAGCUGUCGUGGUGCCUUCAAUGCUGCUUCUGCAGGGCGGAGGCUAUGGUGUUGAAAAAGGCGUCCCGACCUUACUUAUGGCUGCAGGCAGCUUCGAUGACAUUCUGGCCAUCACUGGCUUCAAUACAUGCUUGGGUGUGGCCUUCUCCACAGGCUCCACAGUUUUUAAUGUCCUCAGAGGAGUUUUGGAGGUGGUAAUUGGUGUGGCAACUGGAUCUCUUCUUGGAUUUUUUGUUCAGUACUUCCCAAGCAGUGACCAAGAUGGACGUGCAUGGAAGAGAGCAUUCCUCAUUCUGGGGCUGUCCGUGCUAGCCGUUUUCAGCAGCGUGCACUUUGGUUUCCCUGGGUCAGGAGGGCUGUGCACGCUGGUCAUGGCUUUCCUUGCAGGCUUAGGAUGGACCAGCAGAAAGGCAGAGGUUGAAAAAAUUGUUGCAGUUGCCUGGGACAUCUUUCAGCCCCUUCUCUUUGGACUGAUAGGAGCAGAGGUAUCUAUUGCAUCUCUCAGACCAGAAACUGUAGGUCUUUGUAUUGCCACCCUGAGCACUGCAGUAUUGAUACGAAUUUUGACUACAUUUCUGAUGGUGUGUUUUGCUGGGUUUAACAUGAAGGAAAAGAUAUUUAUUUCUUUUGCAUGGCUUCCAAAGGCCACAGUCCAGGCUGCAAUAGGCUCUGUGGCUUUGGACACAGCAAGAUCGCAUGGAGAGAAACAGUUAGAGGAAUAUGGAAUGGAUGUGCUGACAGUGGCAUUUUUGGCCAUCCUCAUCACAGCCCCAGUUGGAAGUCUCCUCAUCGGUUUAUUGGGCCCCAGGCUUCUCCAGAAAGCUGAAUACCAAAAUAAAGAAGUUCAAGAAGAGGCUUCUAUACAAGUUUAAAGGUGAAAAGAGAGAAUGCUGAACAUAAUGAUUGGAAAGCUGUUACCAGAGGCUGCAUUUAUCAGGAGGGAUAUUGAAACAUGGGAUGUUUAAAUUUAAAAAUGUAAUAGGAUCAAGUGUGGCUAUUUCCUUAAACAGCAUUUUAAGUGAUUACCCUUCCCAUGUGGGUGGUAGUAUUCUACAUCUCCAAACCUGAUUUCUACCUUCUUUUUUUUCCAAACACCAUCUCAUGUCUUAAUUUGCAUAGGUGCAUACAAUGUGCUACCACAAUUUAAAAUUCGCUUGGGAAAGGCCAGGUUCAGUGUCCUGUUCUGCUAGCCAACAGCUUACCCAAACUUACUGUUACUGCUAGUUUCAUGAUUCAUGGUCACCUAGCCUCUCAGGCCUUGAAUUGUGUUUGGUUCCUCUUUUCUUCUUUAUUUUUAAAUACCAUAAUGCAGUCCCUAUCAGUCUCUACCCUCACUCUCCCUUCUAAUCUUCAUCUUCUACUUUUCUACCUCUCUUACUAUCUUUCUGUGAAUUAUUGCAGCUUGAUUGGUCCCACCAAAAAUUUAAAAGCACACAAAGGAUCUUCAUUGGUUCUUUCUUGCACGUAUCUCAAUGUCAAAAGAGCUUGUGCUGUAUCCUCACUGGCAACAGAGUGCCCCAUUUCAGCAGCCCAUCUGCAUUUGCUUUCCCCUAAGGAGUACCCAGAACCAGCCCUUUCUUGUUCCUUGUGAUCCACAUCUUUGGCCUCUUCCUGUUCUCUAGGUGAGAGAUAGCUAAUUUUCAAGUCUAUGCCAACGUUAUGGAUAUCAUAUUAAUCAGAGUAAGGGAAGCUGCUAUAAUGAUGAAAUUAAAAAUAGAGUACUUAAAAGGAAAUAGAAGUUUAUUUCCCUCUCACAUAACUUGAUAUUGACAGGGUUGCUCUCUGCUCAUGAGGUUUACUCUGAGACCCAUGUAUUUCUGUCUUGAGGCUCUGACACGCCCUAGCUUAUGACAUAGGUUGAAGAUGGAGGUCUCCCAUGUCUCUAGCUCUCAGAAUGAAUGGAAAAUAAAGUCCAAGGGAAGCAAUUUAUUUUUAAGAAAGUGAUGUGGAAGUUGGCUACAUCUCUCCUCUUACAUUCUAUUGGUGACAACCAUCCCCAUUUCUGAGGAGGCCAGAAAGUGUUGUCUUUUGCUAAGCAUUCCCAUUCCUAGGAAGAAGGAAAGAUCAGACUUGGGAGCCGGAGGUGCCAUUGUGUUGGGUGCUAAUUUCGCUUACUAGCAUAUUCCUACAUGUUAACAAGGCUUUCUAAAGAUAGUACCUUAAAGCAAAAGAGUGACUUCUGUGGCAGCAAUUUCAAGCAUUGUGAUAUGCAGCAGAAAACAUACUGGUAUAUUGGUAGAAAGGUUUAUAUGUGUAAUCACAUUUUAUUCCACUUAUUCAACAGAACCUCUCAGCUUUUGUGUAUCACCGUAAAUUCCUCUUUAAGUCUACUCCUGCCUACUUGUUGGAAUAAUCAUCUUCAAGUGACGUUUACAGAUUUAUCUGCUUAUAUGUAUACCUGAAGCAUUUACUACUUGCCAUAUUCCAUCUAAACUCUUUAACCUAUAAUUCAAAGUUCAAUACUUUCAUGCAGUAGAUAUUAAAUAUGUAUUAAAUGAAUGGAUUAUAAAUAUUUUAAUCCCACCAAGCAGGUCUGCAUAAAGCCUGUCCACUCUUCUCUCAUCCCUAGACUGCCAAUCAGCCCUUAACCUUGACUUCCACGUCUGUUCAAAACUAGCUUUUUAUUAUAUUAACAUAAUAAAUAUGUUAUAAUAUUUGUAUUAUAACUAUAAAUUAUACACUAAAUUUAUAUGAAGCUGUAAUAGGUUUCAGUUUUUAUGUCAGCCUGACUCCAAUUACUCUAUGGUACUGUGUUCCCAUUUUAUUUGUAUUCUCAGUUUGGACUGGAUUAAUUUAUACCAGAGUUCUGAAAGAUAUUUCAAACUGAACUUCAUUGGUUAGAUGCACCUUUGCAGUGGCAAAAUGACUUAAUGCUCAUCUGGUCCUCUAUUCUAGUAGUCUCUGAAACUAAAUUCCUUCAACAAAUAACUUACUGAAAGCCAUCAAUGAUCCACACAUAUCACCAAGACAAUUAUUAUUCCUGUCCUUAAGGAUCUGACAGUCUGAUGGAAAAGAUAGACAAUUAAACAAGAGAUUUCAAAAGUGUGUGGAUAAAACUGUAGUAUUUCCAGAAUAUCUCACCUGGCUUUAGUGCAUCUGUAUAUCAACAGGCAUUCUUCAGGGGUGGAGAAAAGUAUGGCUUUUAGUAUUUCUGCAUAUCAAUAGGCA